UACAGUGUGCCAGGCAGUAUUGCAGCGGUAAAUCCGGCGGUGGUUUUAUCAAAUCAUCAGCAUGUCUGCAAUAACCUGUCCAUAGAUCAGAGUGGUUUUAAUCUAUUGUUUGUUUGUUUAACAUCUCAGGGUGUGAGUGGAACCUCCUUAGUUUUGUGCACGAUUAACAGGAAACCUUCAGUAUGAAAGAAGACAAACCCACGAGUGAGGAGCAUGAGGCUGAAGCUCGUCAGGACACCGAGCCCACGGCACCGCCGGACGAGCCUGAGAUAAACCCUGAGGAGAAGCGCUUAGACGAAGCAGAGGAACCUGAGGUAAACCAUGAGGAGAAGCGCUUAAACGGUGCGAAGGAUCCUGAGGUAAACCCUGAGGAGAAGUUCCUAACCGAGGCGGAGAAGAUGAAGGAGGAGGAGGAGGAGGAGAACGGCGGAGAUGAUGGGAGCCAGCGGGCCUCUGUGGAGAGACAGCCCGAGUUUGAACACCCCGAGGGCGGCUGGGGCUGGGUGGUCAUGCUCGCCUCCAUGUGGUGCAACGGGUCGGUGUUCGGAAUCCAAAACGCCUUCGGGAUCUUAUUCGUGUCCCUGCUGAAGGAGUUCGGCUCUGAGAACGAUAGUGACCUGCGCUUCAGGACAGCGUGGGUGGGCUCUCUGUCCAUGGGGAUGAUCUUCUUCUGCUCUCCGAUCGUCAGCGUGUUUACAGACGUGUUCGGCUGCAGGGUCACGGCGGUGAGCGGCGCCGCGGUCGGCCUCGUCGGCCUCUUCGGCAGUUCAUUCGUCUCGUCUCUGGGCGCUAUGUACUUCACGUACGGCGUGGUGUUUGCGUGCGGCUGUUCGUUCGCGUACCAGCCGAGUCUCGUCAUCCUGGGACAUUACUUCAAGAAGCGUUUGGGUUUGGUGAACGGCAUCGUGACGGCGGGGAGCAGCGUCUUCACCGUGUCUCUGCCCCCGCUGCUGAAGGUCCUGCUGGACCGCGCCGGCCUCCACAACACCCUGCGCGUCCUCUGCAUCCUCAUGUUAGUGCUCGUGCUGGCCGGAUUCACCUACAAGCCCCGCCUCCCUCAGAGGGUGGAGUCCAAGAAGGUCUCGUUAAAGAGGAUCUGUAACGUCCAGAUCUGGAGGAGUCUGAGUUACAGGAUCUGGGCCUUCGGGAUCCCAGCUGCGCUCUACGGAUACUUCGUCCCCUACGUCCACCUGAUGAAGCAUGUAGAAGAGCGUUUUGGUGUUGAUGCUAAUAAGGAGGUGUUACUGAUGUGUCUCGGCAUCACGUCCGGUGUGGGACGACUCAUCUUUGGCCGCGUGGCUGACUACGUCCCCGGAGUGCACAAAGUCUUCCUGCAGGUGGCGUCGUUCCUGGUGAUCGGCGUUAUGUCGAUGCUGAUCCCGCUGUGUAACGUGUUCGGCGGUCUGAUCGCCGUGUGUCUGCUGAUGGGGCUGUUUGACGGCUGCUUCAUCUGCAUCAUGGCUCCCAUCGCCUUCGAGCUCGUCGGCUCCGACAACGUCUCUCAGGCCAUCGGCUUCCUGCUGGGCAUGAUGUCCGUGCCCAUGACCGUGGGUCCUCCCAUCGCAGGUUUCCUCCGUGACAGCCUGGGCGAUUAUAACGUGGCGUUCUACCUGGCGGGGAUCCCUCCUCUGAUCGGUGGAGCCGUGCUGUGUCUGAUCCCCUGGGUGGAACAGAGGAGGAGGAGGAAGGAGAGGACACGCACGGAGGACACACACAUGGACACGGAGAGGAACGACAAGACCGAGUCUGUCAUCUGAGUCACACGCGUACACACACACACACACAUUCAGGCACAAAUGGUCGUGAAGUACACUAUUGUGUAUCUUCGAGAGAACCACAGGUCCCCACUUGUAUAGGAAUGUCUGAGUGUUUAACCUGUCUGUGUGUGACUGAAGCUUUUAUCGAAAAAAAUUAUUGAAAAGUUUUUUUGCUUUUGAGGAUUAGGCGUUACAGUAAUUAUUAGACGAUUAGAAGGUCCUCACGUGACUGGUCCUGACAAUCCUGCUUGUGUGUGUGUGUGUGUGUGUGUGUUCUGUCUAUACGGGAAACAGAAAGUAAUUUGAAAAAAAAAAAGUGGAACCUUUGCUAUAAACUAUAUACAUACAUCUAUAUUACAAAUAUAAAUAUUAUAACUAUAUAUAUAAAACUCUAUACAAUUCAUUAUAUAAUAAUAUAAUUAUUAACUAAACAUGAACGCUUUUAGCGCAUUAUUAAAGAAGUAGGUUUUAUAGAUUUCUUAGACCGAAUAAAAUAAAUCUAUUUCCUUUUUUUUACCUUUAUGCAAAAGUUAUACUCAGAACCUUAUACGUCUUAUAAUGAAUUAUGUCGAAUAUUUAUGUAAGUUAUUUAAAAUAUUGGAACCAAAGAAAAUGUUAAAAACUAGAGUGACUUCACAUUACUCUGAUUAAAGGCAGCGAAGAGGCGUGAAUUUCGGCGGAUUAGUCGUAACUUAGCUUUAUGUUGCUUGAAGUCUGAAAACAAUUGUUUACUUACAUGAUUUUAUAAAUUUCUAUGCAAUGCGGCUCCAGAUAUUAUUUUGUUAUGCAAAGUGCUGCUGAUAAAAUUCAGGGACGCAAUUAAGUGUUGACGCUAAAAAUCUGCUGGAAAAUUAGCACACACACACACAACCCGACUGGUUAACCACUUUGUUUAAAACACUUGUCAUCACCAGUAAAGUGAUGUAUCUCACCUGCACAGAUCUCUCACCCGUGCCUUAUUGCGUCACACACGUGACGAUGAAUCACUUUGUUUAUCUGUAAGAGGUGUGUGAUUGAUUUAUAAUUAUAAUCUACCUCAAUUUUACAUCACAACAGACAGUUUAUUUCAGUUCAUGUCAAAUUUACUUUAAAAAAAAUCAUUUAAAUCAUAAAUAUUCAAUGUAUGUCAUAGUGUUAUUACUUUAUUUUAUUAUUAUGUUAUUAUCAUAUUAUCAGUAUUGGUGCCUUAGCCUGGGCGUGUGAGCCUUUAAUCAGCGCGGAUUAUUUUUUAUAAAUCUUUAAAGUGUUCUUUUUUUUAUAAAUAUAAUACGAUAAAUAAAUAAAAUGCAUAUCAUUUAAAAUAUUUCCUAGGAAUAUUAUAUACACUUGGCCUAGAUUAUAUAAGGGUGGGGGAGAGGGGGGCACGGCUCUGUCUGCUGUGUUUCAGUAAGUUAGUUCUGGACUUAUCGCGGCUCUCCGUGUCCUCACGACGCCUUCCUGCUGAACAGGCCAGAAAUUAAAGUUUCCAUCAUUUUAAAUCUAAAUUCUAAUCUAAUCUUUUUUUUUUUUUUUUUAAGAUUAGUAGCACAUGCCGAGUUCAGUAUUUAUAGAUUUGUUGUUCUUAUUAUACACAGUAUGUGUGUGUUCAUCUAUACCGCUACUAAUCCGAGUUGUUUGUGGAAUAAAGCCGCGUAAAGAAAAUUAUCACUAUCGCUAUGAGAAAGUUAUUCAUAGCUGAACCAAAUGGUUUUUGUUUUUAUCAAGAAAGCAAGUCAAGCUAAAAAACCAAAAAUCCUCAUGGUCUCCGUCCUAAGUGAGUUCCUGAGGCGUUAGUGUUCGGUUUGCAAAAUCGUGUCUCUGAUAGAAGUUCUCAUCAUGUAUUGUUUAAAUCUCACUAGAAAAGACCAAAGAAAACGCUCUGCUAGCUGGAACUCCGGAGUCAGAAACCCGGCCCUGGCUCUGAUCAUAUCGUCGUGGCUGAUCGCACCGAGUCAUCCUUAAACCAAGCUGAGUGAAACGCCCCGUCUCUGCUGUUCAGAGAGAUUAGAGUGGUGUUUGCUUUAGAUCAGACAGUCUACACCGCCACUAGGUGCAGUAAUAACUCAGAAAUGGAGCAGUUACGCAACGUCUGUAAGGGCGAGGGAACGCUCAACAGAACAUCGGCUUAUUUUUAGCUUUUUGCUCAGUGACAGAGUUUUUUUAAUUUUUUUAAAAUGACGCUUAGUACGAUUAGUGUUUCACAUGAGUUUAAAACGUACUGUACGGACUGAAGGUUUGCCACACGGUGUCAGUUUGUAUCAGAGCUUUAUCACGAUGCUUUUCUUUCUUCAUCAGCAUCACUUUCUUCCUGGAUCACAUUGUCUACUUUAACUGAAAUUUCUUAAUUUUUUGUUAAUCCUUUCUCUUUUAAUCCUUGAGAAUGUGGACUGAUUUAUCCCUACUGCAUGCAUGCUUUUUUAUUGUCUAAAACAAUAAUUAAAAAUAAAAUUUUUAUGAACAGAAA